CUUCGAUAAAGUUUUGUAGUCAGUACCACAGUAAGGCUGAUCGCAACCUCUAUUAUGUUUCUUAAUAUCAAGGUUUUGUGUGUUUACGAAGGCCCCUGAGUUACUAAACCAUUACAAAGCAUCGGCAGAGGAGUCAGUACAUGUUAUAACGGUUUCCAAGUAAGUUGAACAGUGUGAGGAGGAGAAUUCUAGUCUGGAAGUUGGUAUUAUCAUCAUAACAAGCCAUUUACGGAAAGGGAACUAGUAAGAAAUAUAGCGAGAAAACCAGGUACUUCGUCUCCACGUGAAAAAAAAAUGAGGACAAUUUCAGUAUCGGUGAUGGCGCUGCCGCUGUUGCUGAUGACAGUGCUGCUGACAGCGCCUUCGCAAGCAUUUUCGUUUUUUCCGAGCAUCUUUGACAGAAACACAACCUGGGACCUCUGCGACAAAUGCAAGUGCCCGACCAUCCUGCAGGAGGCACGCGAACAUGGGGUGAGCUGCAGAGACGUGAAUCUGACCAGUUUAACGGACGGCGUUGUCAUCGAAAGAAACUACUCCAAGGUCGACUUCUCCAAGAACAGCAUCGCCAGCAUCACGAAGGACACAUUCAAGCCUUCGCACACCCUCAAGAGCCUCGACCUGUCUGCCAACGUCAUAGGGAGUCUUGGUGUCCGCGUCUUCAAGCCGCUGAGUUCACUCGACUCCCUGUCGCUCGAGAACAACUUGCUCAGCAGUCUUAACGAAGAGACAUUUGACGGCAUAGGCAACUUGACCUCGCUUGACCUGAGCUACAACAAGCUCUCCGACCUCCCCCCUGGACUGUUCAAGCCCCUUCCAAAGCUGCAGUUUCUCUCCCUGGCUUUCAACCCCCUGGCGAGCAUGGACGGGUCAGUCCUCUGGGGCAGCGAGAGUCUGGUGACCCUUGACCUGUCAGGAAUCGGGUUCAAGACCUUGCAUAAGGAUUUCUUCUCGAGUAAUAUGACAAAAUUGGAAAAGCUGAUUCUCUCCUUCAACGCCAUCGAGGUCGUCCCGUCAAAGGCCCUGUUCAACCUGCGAAACUCUCUCACGUACCUCGAUCUCUCUGCUAAUCCCAUCAAGACGCUGGGAGCAUACUCGUUCUUCAGCCUGAGUUACGUCAAGACCCUCAUCCUGAGACAGAUGCUCCAGCUUGUGUCGAUUGAAGCCUAUUCGUUCGGGGACCUCGUCAGCCUGGAGAGGUGCGAGAUCGCCUACGCCCCCAGGAUCCUGACUUUGGACGGCAAGGCUUUCCACACCAACAAGAACGGCUCGGAUUCCGUCCUCCUGCUCGAGAAUUUCAGCUUCUCCUUCUCCGUCCUCCGCACCCUCCCCGAAGGCCUGCUCAAGUGGGACCAUCUGCGCCAAGUGCGACUCGAGUACAACCAGUGGUGCUGUGACUGUAGCAUGAAGUGGGUCAAGAAUUCGAGUCUGAUUGACUUGGUCGGAGACAGGAUGAUAUGUUCCAGCCCUGACUUUUUACGUGGCCAUCGUCUCGCCAAAGUAAAUGACAAAGAUCUCAUAUGUGGAGUCACCGCCGUCUCUUCACACAAAGCCCCAAUUUCUCCUCCUUCCAGGUCGUUCGGAUUCCUGGUCGGCCUCAUGGUCCUUGGCUUCGUCACGAGUAUAGCAACGGUGGCCCUGCUGGUGUACUGGCGCCAAGGGUGGUUGUGUCGCCGCCCGCAGAACGCCUACUCGAGAGUCAGGGCUGGUCGGACCACCAUAACCGUCACGGAUGAUAUGGAGUGGGACAACGGGGACCUUGAGGCGGAUAGCAAAGCGUAGGAGUUUGGUGGAGUGGAGCAAGAGAGGCUUUGAGACCAGUUGUGGGGUGUGAGGGAGGCUAUGAAACUGGUAGCAAGUGGUGGGAGUCAUGGAGAGUGGAACAAGAUACUCUGCGGCCUGUUAUGAGGCUUGGGGGACGUGUGGAGUGGGACGAAGUUGGACCUUGAAGCGGAUAGCGAAUCGUAAGAGCUUUGUGCAGUGGAAAAUGAUCCUCUGGCGCCAGUUAGGAGCCAUGGGGCAAAAGAGACUGAAACAGGAAGCAAGGGAUGGAAGUUGUGAGGUGUGUAAUAACGUAGACUUUGAAAGCGAUAGUGAGGAAUAGUAGUUUGGCUGGAAAUUCAGCAGAAGAGUGUGGUGUGUUACUUUUGUCGUCGAAAACUGGUUUAUGUUGUGGAGUAGUAAAGGGGAUCUUACAGUUUUAAGACAUUAUUUUCUAAAAGUACGGCUCAUAUAAUACAAAAAAAAAAAUCGUUGUAUAUCUGUAAUGGCUGUAUGAAAAGAUAAACAUAAAAUAGUUUAAGACUCUUAAACUAUAACUACAUUGCUAUAUAUAUAUAUAUAAAAAUAUAUAUAUAUAUGUAUUUUUUGGUUUUUUUUUUUUGUUUACAUAAAAUGUAAUUGUUGUAGUGUUUUUCAAAACAACGUCAUAACAUGGUAACUGUAGAUACAUUACAUUUAAGAGUGUUUGUGGUUGGUACCAAUUAGUAAGAGGUAAAUAACAGUAGAUUAUGCCUAUGUUUACAACCUUCUAUCAUUAUAGAUAAUUGGGUUAUUAUCAUUAGUCAACAUACUAUAUUGUCCUCUCUAUUUAUUCACAAUUCUUUAUCAUCGUUUAUUCUAAGUUUUUAUUCUCCAGCAUUUUCACCAGAACAAAAAAAUACAGUAUUUGUGAACAAUAGGACUCAGUGUAGCAUAUAACAGCAUUAUUCAGAUUUUGACGUUUCGUAAACUGAUACUACUAACAUCAAAUAUUAAGGUAUGAAUGAAAAUAAUCUUCCAUGUAUAUUGUAGUGUCUUGAACUUUUCGAUAAUGGUUUUCAAAAUGUUUUAGCCAUACCAUGCUUUUGAUAUAUUAUUAAUUCAAGGGGUUUAUAUCCAUUGUAGAUUUAUGCUGUGGGUCCUAUAUUAAUUCGUAAUGAAGAGUUGUUUUCUAGUCUUAUAAAGGAAAUUUGUAUUUUCUGUACGAAUAGUUGUUUUUUUUUCAAUAUUCUUCGUGUUUCUGUAUGGUUUAUCAGUAAAGCCUUUCUAAACCGA